AUGGAAAACCCGGAACUGAGGCUCGAGAACGCCCCCUAUUUUCGUUGUGAGAAGGGAAACAGCUCUGGCCCCGGGUGCCAGAAGUGUGAAACUUGUGUCCUGGCCUGGAAGAUCUUCUCUACCAAAGAGUGGUUCCAGAGGAUCGGUGAGAAAGCCCAGCGGAGGUUUCUGGUCAGCAUCCUGGAGCAGCUGGACAGCUUAUAUCUGUUACACUAUUUCCAGAAUCUCCUUCAGACCACGCAGGGGAAGGAUUUCAUCUACAGCUGGUCCCGGAUCGACCUCCGCAAGAAGGAGGGGAAAAUCGUCAGGUCUUCCUUGACCCAGAUGCGUUACAAGACAGUCGAACGGAAGAUGAAGGAGAUUCUGUACUGGUUUGGAAGCAGCACCCACCAGACGAAGGCCAACUACACGCUCUUGCUGCUCCAGAUGUGUGACCCCAAGUUACUGCUCACUGCGGCCAGUGCCGUCAGAGUCCUGUUCCUGAGAGAGCAGCGCAACGACUCAGGGCUCGGUCAAUCCACCAGUGAUGCGUUUGUCUUCCCGAAAAAAGACCACCUCCAGUCUGAGACCUCACAUGUUUGCUGGGCAGCCAGAACCAAGAUCGCACCCUUCCCUUCGUGCAGCUCUCCAGAGAAAGAAGGGUUGCUUGAAAGUAUGGCGGGUGAAACAUCUAAUACUGGACAAUGGAAGACGUCUCUCCAGUGUAUUUCAGAGAUGAACAGGCUGUUUUCCAGAAAAGCAGGCAGGUCCAAGGCAGAACGCGUCCCCACCAAUCUGUUGGUGGACUUGGAGGUCGUCCGAGACCUGUCUUCUGGGGCCAGAGAAUAUUGGGACUUCAUCCGUUACCUGCCCGUCCACCUCUCCAAGUACAUUCUAAGCAUGCUGGAUAAAAACAGCCUGAACAGGUGUGCCUCUGUCAGCCAGCACUGGGCUGCGCUGGCCCAGCAGGUCAAGAAGGAUCAUUCGAUGCAUGUUUUCAUUCAGAACCAGACUGCGUUCUUGCAGGGAUCCUACACGAGGGGAAUCGAUCCUAAUUAUACCAACAAGCUUCUUGUCCCCGUUCCUAAGAUGGUGGAUGAUGGGACACGCAUACGUGCAAAAACUCAGAAAUUGAAACUGAGAAUGAAGAAUGACUACAACCUGUCAGCCGCGUACCAGAACCAGGAAACCCAGCAGGUCCAGAUGGAGGAGAGAAAUGUCUUCUGUGGGACUUACAAUAUCCGCAUUCUCUCUGACACGUGGGACCAAAACAGAGUCAUUCACUAUUCCGGAGGAAAUUUGAUAGCCAUGUCGUCCAACCGGGAGAUCCAGCUUCUAGAUAUCACGCAAGUAAAGAAGGUGCCCACUGAGUUCCGAGGCCACGCUGGGAGUGUCCGCGCCCUCUUCUUGUGUGAGGAGAAGGACUUUCUACUGAGCGGAAGUUAUGACCUGAGUAUUAGGUACUGGGAUCUGAAAAGUGGGACUUGUGUACGAAUCUUCAAUGGCCACCAGGGGACAGUCACUUGCAUGGAUUUAUAUAUGAACAUGCUUGUAUCUGGAGCAAGAGAUUGCCAGGUGAAAGAGUGGGAUGUAGAGACAGGGAAGUGCCUGAAGACGUUUAAACACAAAGACCCCAUAUUGGCCACCAGGAUCAAUGACACCUACAUCGUGAGCAGCUGUGAGCGGGGGAUAGUCAAAGUGUGGCACGCUGUCACUGCCCAGCUGGUAAAGACUCUCAUCGGCCACGAGGGAGCCGUGAAGUGUCUGUGCUUUGACCAGUGGCAUCUCCUCUCGGGAAGUACGGACGGCCUGGUCAUGGCCUGGAGCAUGGUGGGGAAGUAUGAGCGGUGCCUCAUGGCCUUCAAGCAUCCGAAGGAGGUGCUGCACGUGGCGCUCCUCUUCCUCCGGGUCAUCAGCGCCUGUGCAGAUGGCAAGAUCCGCGUCUACAAUUUCCUAAAUGGGAACUGUCUGAAGGUGAUGAAAGCCAAUGGCAGAGGUGAUCCCGUGCUGUCCUUCUUUAUUCAGGGCAACAGGAUGGUCAUCAACACAGAGAGCAAUAUUCUCAUGUUCCAGUUUGAGGCAAUCAAGUGGCAGUCCUCCCCGGACCGGGCCAAGCCCAAGAAGAAGGAGAAGGAGGAGGACCGGGAAGAAAACGGCCUGGCGGACGUUCUCUCCAGGUCCAGCACUCAGGCUUUCAGCCUGAAGGACUCGCUAUCCAGUAAGCAAACUGUGACCCAGGAGUUCCCGUCGAGUAAGCCAUACAGGUCUCGGGUCUGCCUGAGGACAACCAGAUUACCUUCAGGAGCGUUAACAGAGGUACCUCAGAGUCUAGGAAAGUCAAAAUCAUCCCGAAGAGACGGCAAGAAGAGAGCGAGUCCUGUUUCUAAGGAAGCAAAUGGCAUAGACGGUGCACAAGAGAGUUUGGGCGCAAAAUCGCUGGCAGGAGAUACGAUGAACGAGGAUGAGGAGAAAAUCCAGAAAGAAAGACAACCGGAAACUCCCGUAGAUGUGAUCAAGCGCUCCAAGAAGAAGACCUGGCAAAUCCCUAUGUCCCCUGACCAGUUCCUACUGACUAUUAACGCCGUGCAGCAGGCCCAUAGCUCGGGGAAGUUUGCCUACCCCCGUAGGCCCCAAACCCAAGUCAUUGAUGCCUGGGGGCCUUCCAUUUCACACCCAAGGAAGGUCUUGAGUUUCAAAGGAAAAUCAAUCCAACACGCAGUUGAUAGGUUGAGGUGGAGUAACCCUCCCAUCGACGUGAAACAAACCAGUAUCCCCCUUGUGACCCAGAAACUGCAGCCCAACCUGAAGAACUCUUUGCACAGUCCCCGAGUCCAGUCCAGCCUACCCCAGCCUGUGGUUAUCCAGCCCAGAUUCACGGGCAGCUCCAGGGGUGAGGACCAAGCGAGCAGCUCCGUUGACAGGACAGUGCGCAGCUUUAGCCCACUAACCAGCAUGCAGGUCAUUAAACCGAACCACAUGCUGGCUCCACCACUGGGCGUGACAACCAAAUCUGUCAAGAAAGAAAGGCCUCGCUUCUAUACGUCCCUUGAUCCCUUUAGAAUGAACACUCAGUUCAUGUUGUUGACUGUAAGGGAUGAAAAAGAGUACAGGGAAGUCAAGAUAAAGGAGUAUGAGGCCAGGAAGCCCAGUGACGUGGUCGAUCCAGAAAAAGCCAGGAAAUCUGCAUGGAUCAGGAAGAUCCAAGGGCUGCCUAUAGAUAAUUUCCUGAAGCAAGGGAAAACAGCAGCUCCUGAACUUGGACGGAAUGUGUUUAUUUGAGCCAGCCUUGGGACAUGGCCAUCUCACAAUAAACAGAAAACUAAGUGGA